UUGUGAUGACAUGCGGGAAAAAUAAACAAAAGCCUGAUCAACGAUAUCAAAAGUUAUCUUCGUUUCUUAUUGUGUUAUACACCAUGAAUAAAAUUGCUAUGUUUGUCCAUAGCUCCUAAUAUAUUACUUCCAGAAAAUGUAAUCAAUCAACAGCGUUCUAUGAAAGACGAAAGGAUCUGCAUCAACCGCUACAGUGAACAGCUCUAGUCAUUAAUAUUUGAACAGGGAAAGGUGCGGCGGCAAUGAUCACAACAAAAUAUUUUUUCCUGUUAAUAUUGAUCGCAGCUGGACUGGUUUUUAUCGUUCUAUUCCAUUGGUUUGCAUCCAGUUAUGGACCGGAAGAGCAAAAAAUACUACGCUAUGAUUCAGCCAAUACUGAUAGAAUUCUGCAGACCAAUGCUCGUCACUGGCAAACGAUGAGCAAUUUCGAAGAUUCCGCUUUACGAACGGUGAACUUUGAUGAGCAGUUGGUUAUCAUAUACAAUCGUGUUCCGAAGACCGGCAGUACGAGUUUCGUGAACCUUACUUAUGAUCUCUGUCGUAAGAAUGCAUUCCACGUACUGCAUAUUAACAUCACUGCCAACAUGCACGUAAUGUCUUUACCAAAUCAAAUACGAUUCGUGCGAAAUGUGACGGCGUGGACGGCAAUGAAACCAGCUUUCUACCAUGGUCAUUUGGCUUAUCUCGAUUUCUCCAAGAUGGGCGUUCCUGCCACUAAACCUCUGUACAUUAACCUGGUUCGCAAACCGCUAGAUCGGUUGGUUUCCUAUUACUACUUUUUACGCUACGGGGACGAUUAUAGGCCCCAUUUGGUGCGUCACCGUGCCGGCGAUACCAUGUCCUUUGACGAAUGUGUAACCCGCCAAAGACCAGACUGCGAUGCAGUCAACAUGUGGCUUCAAAUACCGUUCUUUUGCGGCCAUGCAGCGGAAUGCUGGAAACCGGGUAGCUCGUGGGCUUUGCAGGAAGCCAAACGAAACCUAGUAGAACAAUAUUUUCUUGUUGGUGUUACCGAAGAGAUGGAUGAGUUUGUGGAGCUGCUGGAGUUAUCGUUGCCAAGAUUUUUCAGAGGCGCAUCAGAUUAUUUCCGCCAGUCCAACAAAUCACACCUGCGAAAAACCAAAUCGAAAGUGGAUCCACUACCGGAAACUGUCGCCAAAAUCCAGCAGUCCAACAUUUGGCAGAUGGAGAACGAACUGUACGAGUUUGCGCUGCAGCAGUUCCAUUUCGCUCAAAAGAAACUUCAUACCCCAGGUAAGAGUGUUAUGCAGGAUUUUUUCUAUGAAAAGAUUAAACCAAAUCAAAACGUGGCUGUCAGAAAUUAGUCUGUUUUUACUGGAUGUAGAAGUGUGUCUAGGAAAUCUCCGGCAUUAGCCACGAUAACUGCGAGACAGUACCGCAAGGAUAUUGAAUAUGAGUUUAUAAUCUAACGAUGUUGAUUAAUUGUAAUCUUUUUAAAAAAAAAAAAGCAAACAAAGGUAGCAUUUUGUGCGCAACGCACCUAGAUUUCCAAAUAUUCUGAACGGAGGUAAAGUGAAUGUGAUUGAUAUUAGCCUAAUUGUAUGCUAUGUUAAGUAAGUUAACAAAAAGAAAAGAUGUUUGGUGUUUCAUCGAAUUAGUACCUUUUGUUUACCUCAACUAGAUCAGCAUUGCGUUCAUUCCACUUCCCUUUGAUUGGAUCGUUAUUUGAAAAUUUUCCAUAGUCGAGUAUCGAUUCUCUAGCUAAGACACGUAGACGCUAAGAAUAACUAAUAAAAGACAUUUUUACCAAUGAA